UGAGGAAGUGCUCCUUCACAUGAACAAGAAGCAGGGAAGUAACCUAUCUUUGACAAAUGCAGCUGCUGCAACAGCACACCACUUUGUUUCUGUCUCACUUGCAGGGAGAAUACAAAGCUCUUGUCGGGACACAAUCCGAGUUUAAAAAAAAUUCUCCAAAUGGGUUUUGGGGAGGAUUUGCGAGGCCCUCAGGCUCAUGCAGCUGUGCUGAGGCUGCUAGACUCUGAGCUUCACAUGAUGGAGGUCAUGAAGAAAUGGAUGGGCCAGAGGGCCAAGAGUGACAGGGAGUUUGCGGUACAGCUGCAUCACAUGGCCGUCAUGGUGGACAAGCAGGAGCGGCCUCAGCCUGAAGCUGGAAUGGACCACAUCAGCCAGAUCAACAAGUCCUGGGUGGCUCUGGUGUCUCAGACAGACCUUCUGAGCCAGGUGAUGAGGAGGUGUUCUGAAGAGCUGCUAAACGGACCCGUCAGCAAAUUGACGCUGCUCAUCCGAGACAAACAGCAGCUCCGCAAAAACUUCGCAGAGCAGUGGAGCCUCCUGAGGCAGGAGCUCAGCAAGGCCACUGAAACAGAGCUGGACAGGCUGAAGUGCAGCUACAGGCAGGUGGCAAGAGACGCUGCUCAGGCAAAGAGGAAGUUCCAGGAUGCCAGUAAAGGUAGGGAGCGUGACAGAGCAAAGGAGCGAUGCGUCAAGGCCACGAUGAAACUGCACAAAGUGCACAAUGAGUAUGUGCUGUCAGUGCGUGCCGCUCAAGUCUACCAGCAGCAGCACCACGCUCUCAUCCAGCCGGAUCUGCUGAAUGCACUGCAAGCUCUGCAGCAGGAGAUGGUGCUCAUCAUAAAGGAGAUCCUGCAGGAAUAUUUUGACAUUUCCUCCUUGCUUCAUGGAGAAGUGGUACACAUCCACCGGGAAAUGUCCACCGCCAUUACAUCCAUCGAUCCUCUCACAGAGUAUGAGAGUUUCAUCCAACAGAACAGGUCUGCCGUGGAGGUUCCUGUUUGUGCAGAAUUCGACUGCAGUCUUUUAGAGAACACGGAGAAUUUAAAUCCUCACCAAAUCCAGUUAAACGACUUGACCCUGGAGGCCAUCCAGCACAAGCAGACGACAGUGGAGGAGGAGCUGCUGGAGCUGAGCCGUUCUCUGAGCUCCCAGCAGGUUUCGGUGGAACAGCUGGAGCUGGAGUUGGAAGCGGAGAGAGGAGUGGUCAGGAAGGGCCAGAGAGUGUACCAGCUGAGCAAGAGACAAGCUCUGGAGGAGUUUCGGCAGCAGGUAGCGCUGUCUCAAGGCAGGAGGGCCAAGCUGGAGAUCCAGAGGUUGAUUCUGAAGACAGCGUUGGAGCAGCUGGGCUCCCAAGAACCUCCUCCUGCUCUGCAGCUGGACAAAGACACACUUUCCAUUUCAUCCAAUACCAGCAACGACCACAAACAGACAGCAAUCAAGCUACUCAGCAACGGGAUCAUGAAGAGUUUUUUUCCAGCCAAAAGUGAUCUACAGGAGGUGGAUCGUCCUCUGGAGCAGCAGGACUGGUACCAUGGAGCUGUUCCGAGGUCGGAGGUUCAGCAGCUGCUGCAGUGUGACGGAGAUUUCUUGGUGAGGAAGAGUCAAGAAAAACAAGGUUAUGUGCUCUCUGUCCACUGGGAUGGCUCCUGCAAGCAUUUCCUCAUUCAGAGCCUAAACAAUGAGUACCGCCUGGAUGGGGAGAGCUUCAGCAGCAUCCCGCAUAUGAUCCAUCAUAUGCUCUCCUCCAGACAGCAUAUCACUCGCAAGUGUGAUAUAGAGCUGAGGAAACCUGUUCUCAAGGACAAAUGGGUCCUGGAACAUGACGAUGUUAUAUUAGGAAACAUCAUCGGGCGGGGUAACUUUGGGGAGGUGUACAGGGGGACUCUGUGCUGCGAUAACACCCUUGUGGCAGUGAAGACUUGUAAAGAGAACCUGGCACCGGAACACAAGAAUAAAUUCCUGAUGGAGGCCCGGAUCCUGAAGCAGUACGACCAUCCCAAUAUUGUGAAACUGAUCGGUGUGUGCACUCAGAAACAGCCCAUCUAUAUCGUAAUGGAGCUUGUGAAAGGUGGAGAUUUCCUGUCCUUCUUGCGUCUGGACGGUCCGAGUCUGUCCCAUAAGAUGCUAAUCAGAAUGACAGAAAAUGUCGCGGCGGGCAUGGAGUACCUGGAGAGAAGGAAGUGCAUUCACAGAGAUCUGGCAGCCCGAAACUGUCUAGUGACGGAGCAGCGCGUCGUCAAGAUCAGUGAUUUUGGGAUGUCGCGGCAGCAGGAUGAUGGCGUCUAUUCAGCCGAGGGCAGUCUCAGACAAAUUCCAAUCAAAUGGACGGCUCCCGAAGCACUGAACUACGGUCGUUAUACCACCGAGAGUGACGUCUGGAGCUUUGGUGUACUGAUGUGGGAGGUUUUCUCCAUGGGAAUGAUCCCUUACACCAGCAUGAGCAACCAGCAGGUCAGAGAGCGAGUGGAUAAAGGCUAUCGUAUGCAGGCUCCACACGACUGCCCGCCGGAAGUGUCCACGCUUAUGAGCAGCUGCUGGCAGCAUGAACCCAAAAAUAGACCAUCUUUUCAAACACUUAGGGCGGAUCUAAUUGACAUCUUGAAGAAUAAGACAUAAUACAAACCUUAUUUGCUUGUGUGUCUGAAUUAAAAAAAAAAAAAAAAAAAAAAAACAGAAGGCAUCAGCCCUGA